AUGCACCAGGCGCGACACAAGAUGAAGCAGCGCCAGAAGCUGCUGGACCUGGAGAGCAGCAUCCAGCGGCUGAGCGAGGAGCUCCAGGAGCUCAGGCUGCAGAGAGAAGUGCUCUCGGUCGGUGUCAUGUUCAACACGACGAUCUGGAACGUGGCGGCCGAGUACUUCCGCAUGUUCCGCUACGGAGUGAAAGUCCCCGAGACUUCGGCCACGACGGUGCUGAGGCCUCCGAUGGAGACGCAGCGUCAUUUCCUGCUAUCGACGAUGACGUCGAGUGUUGUGAGUGAAUCUGGAUACGGUGCGGACGCUCUGAUGGACAACUGGAGCUUUGUGUCGCGGUAUCACCCGGACAUAGAUAUUCAGCUCACCUGCUUGGAGACGACCGCGGACGGAUUCAUGGUCGGAAGGACACUGGGGAGACUGACCAUCACGGGAAAUACGCUGCGCAACGCGUUCCCGCACUUGGUGGACGCUGAGGGACAAGAACAAGCGCGGCUUGCUGGGAAGAUGCUGGGGCAGCAGAUAGCGAUGCGCGGUGCGAUUGAGUUCGAGUGGGACGACAGCACUCGACGCAUCGUCCGAGUGCAGCACAAGGCGGACCUGCUGACGCCGCUGUUGGAGCUGCUAGGCAGUCUGGAAGAAGUCUCGCGCGUGUUUGAUAACGCCCGGGUCACUCCUGAAAGCACAGUCGCGAUCAGUUAA